UGAUAUCUUCCGUCCAUCACAGUCGUCAUGAAAAGUCGUGUAUUCUGUAGAAAGAAGCGGGCGACGUACCACAUCCCCCUCUCCUCUCUUUGAUUCUCCCUUCUUUUCCAAACAAAGACAAAAGAAUUUCAGAAACGACGACGCGCUUUCAAUGCCAUUGUCCGCAGCACCGAUUUCAAUCCCUCCACCAAACGCACACCACCAACUAUUUCGUCAUUCUCCUUCCCUUCCAGACUAGAAAAAUAGAAGAAGAUAGAUUCUUCUUGCGGUGAGAGAGAGAGAGUGAAAGAGAAGAGAUUAAUUCCAUUUUAAUCUAAUCUUAGUUUCACCUCUUUCACCAGAGAUAGAGAGAGAUUAGGAAAAUGACAGAGAUUAAUUCCAUUUUAAUCUAGUUUGAGAGAUAGAGAGAGAGAAGGGAAUCGUCGGCACGUGCAUUUAUCAGUUCUACCCAAUAAGAGCCGAGUAUAGAUAGGAAUUAAAGGCAGUUAUUAAUAUCGCUCACCUGUUUCUCUUUUCAGGCAAUGCACGCCUCUUCUUCUUCUCUCUCUCACACCAACCGCAUUUCCUUCUCUCACUUCCCUCUCUUGAUUUCUCCGCCUCUAUCUCUCUCUCUGAUCUGAGGCGAUUUGGCUUUUUGAUUCCAGUUAUCUGAAGCUUGUUUUUCUCGGAGAAUGCAGUGAUCUCUGAGAUUUUCAUGAUGAUCUGAUGUUUUUGAGCUUUGAAAUCCAAGGUUCCGAUGACGGUAAGAGCUUGGAUUCUCGUUCGGGCGGAGGAAUCUGCGGGAUUUUGAGCUAUUUGAAGCUGAUUUCAGUGAAGGACUAGUUAGUGUUACUGAUCUCGUUUCUAUGUGGCUUUCUAUGUGAAUCUGAAGCUGAUUUGAGCAGAAAAAGAGCAGCGGAGGUCGCCGGAAUUUGAUUUCUGGAAGCUUCUUUCUCUCUCUUUACGAGUGUUUUUCUUUGGAUUUUGAAGCUUUGAACGCUGUUUUGGAAGACGAGCAGACAAGAGCUUUGAAAGCUAGGGUUUGAAAAAGGAAGCGGUUGUGAUCUCGUUUCAAAGGAAAGUGAUGCGUGAUUAGACAUUUUGCGGUCUUUAUAGCUUAUUUAAGUAAAAGGUGGCUGAGAAGUAGCUUCUACUGCCGGAUUUUGCUUUCUAUAUCAGAUCCGGUCAUUUUGAUGCAUUUUCCGGCGCGUAUUGCCGGAAUGUUAGACUUCCUUGUCCGAACAUGAGAAUAUUCCGGCGAUUUUCUGCUGUCGUAUUGCUCUUCUUCUUCGGAUUGCUGACAUCUAACGUUUCUCCUGCAUCGGAAAAGGAGAUCUUGCUUGAAUUCAAAGGAAAUGUCUCUGACGAUCCUUCCAAUGUCUUGGAGUCAUGGGACCCAUCACCGGAUCGAAAUCCUUGCCUCAAUUUCACCGGCAUCGUCUGCAAUCCCAGCGGAAAUGUGGAGAAAAUCAUUUUGCAGAAUACGAGUCUCGCCGGAGUUCUCCCGCCGAGUUUGUCCGGCUUGAAAUCUUUAGGGAUCUUGUCGCUAUACGGCAAUCGGUUUUCUGGAAAUAUUCCGACCGAGUUCCAAGAUAUUAGAAGUUUAAGGAAGCUUAAUUUGAGCAAAAAUGCUUUUACGGGACAAAUUCCACAGUUUCUUGGUGAUCUACAGAGCCUUAGAUUGUUAGAUUUGUCUAUGAACUCACUCACAGGAGAAAUUCCUCAGUCUCUGUUCAAGAACUGCUUCAAAACUAGAUAUAUUUCUCUCUCACGCAACAAUAUCUCUGGUUCAAUUCCUCUUUCUAUCGCAAACUGCUCAAAGCUUGUUGGAUUCGAUUUUUCCUUCAACCAACUCACUGGAAGUUUUCCUGCAGAGACAUGUGCCCCUCCAGGCAUUGCUCAUGUUUCUCUGAGAAGCAAUUUUCUAGCAGGAAAUCUUCCAGAUCUGAUUUCCACAUGCCAAAGCUUGGAAUUUCUAGAUCUCGCUAGUAAUUCAUUUACUGGGUUACUUCCUUUCAAUCUCCUCGGGCUGAGAAAUUUGAGCUUUUUCAAUGCAUCUUCGAACCAAUUUCAGGGCGAGAUCCCUGAGAUUGGAACAUGCAGCGACAGAAUGGAAAUAUUUGACAUUUCAGGGAAUAGUGUAAGUGGGGAAAUCAGUCCAAGCAUUGCGAAUUGCAGAAGCAUCAAGGUUUUGAACUUGGGAUUUAAUCGACUUAAUGGAAGUAUUCCGGUCCAGAUUGGGAAUUUGAAGAACCUCCGCAUUCUCAGAUUGGCAGAUAAUAUGAUUGAAGGAACAAUUCCAGCAGAGCUAGGGAGCAUCGAGCUUCUUCAGAUUCUGGAUUUGCACAAUCUUCAAGUCGUCGGUGAAAUACCUCUUGUUCUAAGCAAUUGCAAGUUUCUUCUUGAGCUGGAUCUUUCUGGCAAUGAUUUACAGGGAGAAAUUCCUCAGACCCUUUACAACAUGACAAACCUGAGAGUCCUCGACCUACAUGGGAACCAGCUUAAUGGAAGCAUUCCCGUGAGUCUAGGAGCCCUUCCUCGAAUUCAAUUUCUUGAUCUAUCUGAAAAUCUCCUCACUGGGCCUAUCCCUUCCUCACUAGGAAAUUUAACCCUAUUAACUCAUUUCAAUCUCUCCUUCAACCACCUCACUGGCGCAAUUCCUGCCGUCCCCACCAUCCAACAAUUUGGCCCGACCUCUUUCAGCCACAAUCCUGGACUAUGCGGUGCCCCUCUGGCCCCCUGCUCAGGAAACUCCGGCAAUGGCCCAACCUCGGAAGGCAGGAGAACCGAGUUGCUGAGUGUUUCUGCAAUUGUUGCUAUUGUUGCAGCAGCAGCAAUCCUUACUGGGGUCUGCAUUAUCACCAUCAUGAACAUCAGGGCUCGUCGUAGGAGAGACGAUGAGAUAUUGGUAUUGGAGAGCACCCCGCCUGCUUCGACAGAUUCGAACAUCAUUGUGGGAAAACUGGUUCUCUUCAGCAAGAGCUUGCCUUCAAAGUAUGAAGAUUGGGAAGCAGGCACCAAAGCUCUUCUUGAUAAGGACUGCAUGAUUGGUGGUGGGUCAAUAGGAACAGUGUACAGAACCAGUUUUGAAGGUGGGAUUUCCAUUGCUGUGAAGAAGCUCGAAACUUUGGGAAGGAUCAGGAACCAAGACGAAUUCGAGCAGGAGAUUGGACGGCUAGGAACCCUUCGACAUCCCAAUCUGGUCACAUUUCAAGGAUACUACUGGUCUUCGACGACACAGCUAAUUCUAUCCGAAUUCAUUCCCAAUGGUAAUCUCUAUCAGCAUCUCCAUAUAUUUAGCUAUCCUGGUGCUAGCACCAGUAGCGGCAGGAGUGAACUGCACUGGUCUAGGAGGUUUGGAAUCGCUCUUGGAACUGCAAGAGCUCUUGCUUAUCUUCACCAUGACUGUAAACCCCAAAUUCUACAUCUGAACAUAAAAUCAACUAACAUACUAUUAGAUGAAGGGUAUGAAGCCAAGUUAUCUGACUAUGGAAUGGGAAAGCUGUUGCCUAUAUUGGAUAAUUAUGCUUUAACCAAGUUCCACACAGCGGUUGGGUAUGUUGCGCCAGAGUUGGCUUCCCAGAGCUUGAGAUUUGGCGAUAAAUGCGAUGUAUAUAGCUUCGGCGUGAUUUUGUUGGAACUAGUUACCGGAAGGAAGCCCGUGGAGAGUCCUGCAGCAGCGGAGGUGGUCGUGUUGUGUGAUUACGUUAGAGAUUUGUUGGAGAAAGGCACUGCAUCAGAUUGCUUCGAUCGGAGUUUGCGGGGAUUCGCAGAGAACGAAUUGAUUCAGGUAAUGAAGCUGGGGCUGAUUUGUACUUCUGAAGCUCCGUCAAGGAGACCGAGCAUGGCGGAGGUUGUGCAAGUUCUCGAGUCCAUCAAACCCGGUUCUGAAUCAUAGUUAUGAAGAGAUGGUUUGCCGGGUUGGUAUAUGGAUUUGGUAACUAAGCAGUGGGGUAGGAAGAUAGGAAGCAGAAGGUAUUGAAAAACAAAAACCAAGCUAUUCUUUCUUUCUUUUUUUUCAUUCUUUCUUCCAUUACUGUUAUCAAUUGUCAUCGGCAUUUGUUAUUUUGACAUUGAUUCCAUUGCAAAUAAAUUCUUUUAUUCAUAGAA